AUGAGUGGAGAAGCCAACACUCCAAAGGUGGAACUGAAGCUCCAGUUAUCUCCACCUACUCCUGGGGCAGCUAACCAACCAGCAGCUGUCAUGUCGCCCAAUGCAUCGGUCUCCUCAUCGGAAAUGUCUUCGGGAGGCUCGUGCGUGUCUUCUGAGCCGCCCAGUGGCCCGGACAGUUACGAAGGAACGCCGAUGAUGCUAGUGAGAUGUCCACUGUGCCUCAUGUAUGUCAUGCUGUCGGAGGUGGAUCCCAAGUGCCCCAAAUGCAAAAGCACCGUCUCGCUUGAUUUUCUAAACCAGGACAACUCAAAAAAAUAA